AUGAGCAUCUCUGCCUUGCUUUCAAUGGGCCGGUGCUGCUGUCGCUGCUGCUGUCCGCGCGGGUUGUGGAUGUUGUCGGCUCCGUGUUGUGAUGACAGGAGAAUGUGUGUGUGUCCCGGGCCCAGACGAAUUGGAAUCCCAGUCAGAAGUCCCAGCCUGCCACUGUUUUCUGAUGCCAUGCCAGCACCAACUCAACUGUUUUUUCCCCUGAUCCGUAACUGUGAACUGAGCAGAAUCUAUGGCACUAUGUGUUACUGCCAUCACAAACACUUCUGCUGCUCAUCACCCCAUGUUCCUCAGAGUCGCCUGAGAUAUGCACCCCAUCCAGCAUAUGCUACCCUUUGCAGGCCGAAGGAGCACUGGUGGCAGUACACGCAAGGAAGGAGAUAUGUUUCCACACCACAGAAAUUUUACCUCACACCUCCACAGGUCAACAGUAUCCUUAAAGCUAAUGAAUAUAGUUUUAAAGUACCAGAAUUUGAUGGCAAAAAUGUCAGUUCUGUCCUUGGGUUUGAUAGUAACCAACUCCCUGCAAACGCACCCAUCGAGGACCGGCGCAGUGCAGCAACCUGCUUGCAGACCAGGGGAAUGCUCUUGGGAGUUUUUGAUGGCCAUGCUGGCUGUGCUUGUUCCCAGGCAGUCAGUGAAAGACUAUUUUAUUAUAUUGCUGUCUCUUUGUUGCCCCAUGAGACCUUGUUAGAGAUUGAAAAUGCAGUGGAGAGUGGGCGAGCACUGCUACCCAUUCUUCAGUGGCACAAGCACCCUAAUGAUUACUUUAGUAAGGAGGCAUCCAAAUUGUACUUUAACAGCUUAAGGACUUACUGGCAAGAGCUUAUAGACCUCAAUACUGGGGAAUCAACUGAUAUUGAUGUUAAGGAGGCUUUAAUUAAUGCUUUCAAGAGGCUUGAUAAUGACAUCUCAUUGGAGGCCCAAGUGGGUGAUCCCAAUUCUUUCCUCAACUACCUGGUGCUUCGAGUGGCAUUUUCUGGGGCCACCGCUUGUGUGGCCCAUGUAGAUGGUGUUAAUCUUCAUGUGGCCAAUACAGGUGAUAGCAGAGCCAUGUUGGGUGUGCAGGAAGAGGAUGGCUCUUGGUCAGCAGUCACUCUCUCUAAUGACCACAAUGCUCAGAAUCAAAGAGAACUGGAACGGCUGAAAUUGGAACACCCGAAGAACGAGGCCAAGAGUGUGGUGAAACAAGAUCGACUGCUUGGCUUGCUGAUGCCUUUUAGAGCUUUUGGAGAUGUCAAGUUCAAAUGGAGCAUUGACCUUCAAAAGAGAGUCAUAGAAUCUGGCCCAGACCAGUUGAAUGACAAUGAAUAUACUAAGUUUAUCCCUCCUAAUUAUUAUACACCCCCUUAUCUCACUGCUGAGCCAGAAGUAAUUUACCACCGAUUAAGGCCACAGGAUAAGUUUCUGGUGUUGGCUACUGAUGGGUUGUGGGAGACUAUGCAUAGGCAGGAUGUGGUUAGAAUUGUGGGUGAGUACCUAACUGGCAUGCAUCACCAGCAGCCAAUAGCUGUUGGUGGCUACAAGGUGACCCUGGGACAGAUGCAUGGCCUGUUAACAGAAAGGAGAGCCAAGAUGUCCUCAGUAUUUGAGGAUCAGAAUGCAGCAACUCAUCUCAUUCGCCAUGCUGUGGGCAACAAUGAGUUUGGAGCUGUUGAUCAUGAACGCCUCUCCAAAAUGCUUAGUCUUCCUGAAGAGCUUGCUCGGAUGUACAGAGAUGACAUUACAAUCAUCGUUGUUCAAUUCAAUUCUCAUGUUGUAGGGGCAUAUCAAAACCAGGAAUAGUGAGUGGAUCUUUCUCCAGCAAUCCUCAAAUAAGUUUAAAGGGCGGAUAGAUUGAAACAGGAUGUCAUAAACUUUGCCAGUGGGUUGUUCUAAGCAUUUGCCCAUUUAAUACUCUGGCUAGUAAAGUACUCCAAAUUGACUUUAGGGCAAGGUGGCAGGAUUGGGUUCUAAUUCUGCCUAAUUUGGACUUCCCAGCACCUGCUCUUGAGGUACCCCUUAUUGAGGGUAUCUCAAGACAUUGACUUUUUACCAGUGUGAGAAAAUCAACAUGACCUGGCAAAUAGAAUACUGAAUAGGCCAAAAGCAAGUAUUUUAUUGGGCAUAUUCUCAUGGUAAAAGGAAAGAAACAUUAUUGCUCAUGCCUGCAUACCCCUUCUAAUGUGUACAUGACAACAUUUAUUUAUUGCAUGAUUUCCUAGAUACACAAUCUAUGCAUUAUUCAUUGAAAUUUAUUUUAGCCUGAAAUGGUUUUCUAAUCCAUUACUUAAGCCAUAAGUGACCAAGAACCAA